AUGGGUUUAAGAGAGAUUAUAGUUCGGCUUUGCAAGAGCGAGGAUCGGUCCCGUACUUACAAGCCUCUCAUUGAUAUUCUUCCGUGGUGGGCAGUUUUGAUUCUUUUCAUAGUUGCCACCGUACUUUUCAUUAUUGCUAUUUUGGUAGGAGUAUUUGCAGGACCAAAAGUUUUACAUUUCACGACAAUAGAAGUUGAUACCAACAACAAUACUGCAUCAACACCAUUUUGGGGUUUAGUUUCAGAUAUCAAAGACAUGCGUUCAGUGUUCUAUGGACAAGAACCAAUUUAUAUUGAAACGCUAGAAAACUAUACUGCCUUGAAUCAGGAAAUUACUUUUAACUGUUAUUUGAAAUCUAACGUUUCGAUACAAAAUGCUAAAUCACCACAAGAUAGUUUUGGUUUCCAGAAAUUAGAUCUUACCUUCUACUUACAAUUGUUUGGAAGAAAUUCUUACUCGGAGGAAUGGACUCGAAUUGUGAAUGGUACCUACACGAGAUCUUUGAUAUGUACGGAAGUUUCAGAGAAAUGUGUAGCCAUUGCUCUAUUCUAUGAAUCACACAUUAGAUACACCAAUUAUCGAGUAGGAUUAUCUUUCCUCAACGCUAAAGAAUUAUACGAUAAUGGACUUAUUAAUUCUGGAUAUAUCGGUUUUGAAACGGAGAGUUACAAUUAUGCAUAUGCAAACUGGGAAUUGGGCUGGAGAUACUCUAUGAUUUGCAUAACAGCUCCACUAACAGUUGCAUUUAUUGUAGCAAAUAUUGUAAGAAGCUACUUUGUGAACUGGACUACUGAACAGAAAUGGAUUGGUUUGCUACUUUGUUUCCUCACUCUUUACAAUAACCCUAUUUUUGCUUUGAUUUUCACUGGAGGCAACUGGGCAUUUUCCUUUAUUAACAUUAUUUUCAUUGUGAGCUUUUUAUGCGUUCUCAUGUUUACGGUUUUAGUUUUUACACACUCCCUAGUAGUAGCGCAAAAGGAUCGAUCCUUCCUGUGGUUCUACCUUCCCAAGAUUGUACUUGUUUCUAUUUUGUUUGUGUUUGUCAUUACAACCUUCACCUAUGUGAGAUUGCAAGAGCAAGAGGAUCCUGGAUACAGUUUAAAUAUUGUUCAAGGUUUGACAUCCUAUCAAACAUUGGGAAUUAUUGUUGUCCUUCUCAUGAUCCUUUAUAUUUUCGUUUUGGUUUAUUACCUCAUGAGAGUAAUUGAAAAGCAUCGAAUGAAUUUAUUACCAAAACGUAAUGCUUGGCGUGGCAAGGUCAUUUGGUUCCUCACCACAAUCAUGGUCAUUGGUACCAUUGUAGAAAUCUUUUUAUAUGUAUUCAGUAAGGAUUGGAACAGCGCUGCACAGUUCUUGUCAUACUUUAUGUUCUACAGCUUGUACGUUUGGCUCUUUACAAUUUUAUAUUGGCCAAGUUGGGUUGCCCUCCAAGAAUCUGAAAUUAUUGAAGAAACGACAACUUACGAGAAAGAGGAUGACUACUUUGAUGACAUGGAAUAA